GUUCCACGCCGCAGUGUUUUGACCCGCAGGGGCUUUUGUCAGGCCCCAUAGUGCCCUGCGCGCUCCUCCCCUGCCCUGCCUCUCUGUUUCACACCCACCCGCGAGUCUGGAGCUUUAGCCCCUAAUUGAGUAUGGGUCAUGGGGCUUCCGUCCAUUCCCCAUAGUGCUCAGCGCCGCUGCCUAGCGACGGCCUGGCCCGGCGGCUGGCUCUGGAGACGAGGGCGUGAACCGAGCCGCCUGGGCGGGGCCGUCUUUCUCCUGGCGCCGUUCCGAAACGUGUGAUACCACUGAGUUUCUCCGACGCUUAGCGGUUUGGCUUCUGCAUUGGUCCACCGGAGCCGCGGCCCUCCGAAGGCUACUUCCUUUUCCCGAAACGAAGCGGAGGAUAUUUCCCCAACUUUACCGAAGCUGACAUCCAUCCUUAAUCUUUUCACUCCUCCCAACUUUGUGAUACUCAUAUUAAUGGUUAUUAUUAUCUAGGCUUUAUUGAACCAGUUUGUCGGCAUAGCGACAAACACAGAGAAGAUGGGUAUGGCUAGACCUUGGGGCUCAAUUCGGGCUGGGCAAAUAACCAAUGGGCGUGAAGCAUCCUGGGGGUGGAAGAAAAAUGCAACAUGGCAUUUGGCAUUAGAAAAUAACCCUGUUAAAAUUGUAUUUAUUAUUUAGUUCAUUAAAUUGUUCAUCAUACAUUUUUCCCAGACAAAAGCAUUACCAUGGUUUUAUAGUGGCGUUUGAAGUUUAUUAUUUUCAUGUUAGAUACUUAGCUAUAGUUCUCAGUCUCACUGAAACGCUGAGAACUAAUGCUUGCUUUUUUUUUUUGGUGAAGCAUGUCCUCUCAAGUCAGCCUUUUGUUUUUCUGCUUUUGAUAGAGACUUGGGUACAGAAGAGAAUUUCCCUUUUAUGAGAAAAAUAACGGAGCAAACGCGAUGAUAAAUGGCAACUAAUUGUUUCAGUUAGAGACUAUAGGAUCUGGCAGGGAACUGUUCACUUGGUUAUAGCAGAACAGGUUUAAAGAGGUUAGGAGUGUUCUGCUCCAGCUAAUUGCCCUGUUAUUGGAAUUGGGCUCAGUGUGGUCAGAUAUUUUGAUUUUUAAGAGGAGCCAGAAAUCUGGAAAUUAGGGCCUAUUUCAUUAUUUAAAUAUUGGGUCAAAUAAAGAGCAAGCCAAACAAAACUCAUAGGCCAGAUGCAAUCCUGGGCUAAUAGUUUGCUAUUGCUGGUCUUAAUAAGCUCUUUAGAACAGGGACUUUAUCUUCUUCAUUAUUGUUCUCCCUGUCCAGAACAGGUCCCCUCAAAUAUUUGCUAGUCAAAUGUGUUGAAUAAAAGAAGGAAGAAAUUAACACUUCCCUUAUAGUUAUUAGGUUAAAGUGGUAGUGAUUGCUUAAAGUUUCCCUAGCGAGAAGAGGCUAUUUGUUGAACUCUUAUUAUUUAUCAUACAUAAAUUACAUUAUCUCAUUUAAUACUUCUACUUCCUUGCUUAAGGAUUAUUUCCCCCUAGUUUAUAUGAGGAAACAGACUUCGAGAGGUGAAGUCACUUGCCUAAGACUAUAAAGCCAAUAUAUAAUACAUGGCUUCUGAUGCAAUUGCAUCAAGUUUGCUGAUUUGCUGUUUGAGCAUACCCAUCCAUUGAUGGUUGGUAUUUGAACUACCUGCAUGGGAAUUGGAGCAUAUUGCUGCUUUUUGUGUUUUUGAGCCACCUAUGGCUUUUCUCGAAAUACAUCUGGUGUAAAUUAAAAAGCCUUUUUGUAGAUGGUUGCAUCUUCUUCCAAAUGAUUAAUGAAGGGGAAAAGGAAAGGAUGUUAAUAUUAUUUUGAAUUAUAUGCCAGACCUUCUUUAACAUCUGUUAAUUAAUUUUUGUAAUGACCCUACAAAAUAGGCUUAUCCUCAUUUUACAGAUGAAACUGAAGCUCAGAUUUUUUAAGUCCCAAGUCACUCAGUUAUUAAAUGGCCAAUGAGGAGAUCUUCUGAAGUCAAUCUGCUCCCAAUUUCUUUUACUCUGAUUCAUGCCGAGAUGUUUUUAUACUUGUUUCGCAAUCCUUAAUUAUGCUAUGACCACCAUGUACCUUGAUAAGUUGAAUAGAAAUAGUUUAUGCUCUGAGUCCAAAUUAAGAUCAAGCCUGCAUGGCUCAUGUACAGUGUUCCCUAAUUAUGUGUGUGUUCUUUUCUCCAGAGUGUUAGAAAGUUGCAGGGUUGGCUUUCGAACCAAACCAUUCGUAGCUAUGGACUUGCCAGAUGAGAGCCAGUGGGAUGAAACCACCUGCAACUUGCCUGUUUGUCAACAUCCACAAUGCUGGGAAGCUCUCCGUAGGAUCGAGAGGGGCCAUCCUCGCAUCCUAGGCUCCUGCAAACCUCCCCUGGACACUGAAGAAAACCUCCCAGUGCUCACCAUUGUAAACAUCUCAAAUUCCUGCUUGCGGACCAAGAAACUUGCUCACCGUCGUUUAUCAAGACUUACCUUCAUUAAGACUCGCUCGUUAUUGUCUCGGGGUUCGAAGUUUGACUCCAAAUUUCAAGGACUCAGAGGUAUGAAGGAUUUACCUGACAAAGGUUUGAUCGACAGUACUGGUAGACCUCCAAAACUUUCAGUGCUGAAUUUGAAUGAGACCCAACUUCCCUGCUCACAAGAUAUUAAAAAUAUGGUUGUAAUGUGGAUUCCAGAAAAGCCAGAGACCCGUGUGAGAGGUCCUGCUGAGAUGCUGCCUAUUGUCACCAGACAAUAUUGGAAGGAGAAAAGAAAGUUAUCUGCCAUGAAGAAUAAGUCAGCUCUGGAUGCCUCUGGAAAGCAGUACACAGAAAUACAUUUGAAAACUCAAGAGGUGGUCGUACCUCCUCCCUCCCCAGUGUACUUGUUUGAGCAAUUAAGUCCAGAAACCGGACCUUCCUUGGCCCGAUUUGACAUGCUGCCUUCAGAUCUGCUGAAAGACCUUCUGUCAGAUGGAGAGAAAACCAUGCUUUGUCCAGAGAUGAAGGCACAAUUGGCCAAGAUGAAAAAGCAUCUUCCCCUGGAAAAGAGCCGACCUAGCAGUGUCAUUUCUACUAAGAUGUUUUUGUCCAUACACCGUCUCACUCUGCAGAGACCAGGACUGAGAUAUCCUGAGCAUCUGAGGAAAUUACAUUAUAGUCUGAAGAUAAAAGGAAGCGGAUCCCUGGCUUGGUCCUGACUAGAGGGAGAGAGUCACUGUUGUGGAGCAGGGCAAAGCAAGCAACCCCGGGGCAGGGUGGGAGCAGUCAGUGAGAAGAGGACUGAGCUGGCUCUCUGGUUGCCAG